CUUGUUUCUAGAGACUACUACUUGGAUCACUCUCUGAAACCGUUAAGGUGUGUUGUUCCGAAUGUUGGAGACCUUACCGGAAAUUGUACCGGAGAUGUUGGCUGGUGCGGUGCUUCUGUGUUGAAGAUUGACUAACCAUGGAUCCAGCAACUAUGGAUCCAUAUAACGCGGAUGCGGACGGGUUUUACAAGGCCGACGAUUAUGGAUAUUUCCACUGGAAUGAAAAACAUGGCCAUUGGGAGAGGUGGUCCCUAAACAACAAUGAGUACAAAUAUGAGUAUGCGUACAAGUAUGAGAACGGGAAGGACUGUUACAACCACCAGCAUCAACCUGGUCAAGGGGCCAACUGGGAAAUAGAGGCUGGUUCUUCUCAGAUUGUCGAUGCUCCUGCCCAUCACCCCUUCCCUACUUCCUCUGAUCUCCCUCAGCAGAUCCAACCAGAGCAGCCUGGAGUCCUCACAGCAUUCCCUGGUCCCCUGUCAAACAUUGGGACUCUUGAGGAGAUGAUUGAGGUUGCAUGGCAGAAGUGUCAGGAGUACCAAUCUAUGUUCUUCAUGUGGUACUGUGUUACCCUUUUGUGCACACAGAGUAGGGCACAGCCCAUCUCUCCACCAGCGAAGCCCAUCGUGGUCGAGCUUCCCAUCUCUCCACCAGCGAAGCCCAUCGUGGUUGAGUCGCCGAUCCCUCCACCACUGAAGCCCGUUGUGGUUGAGCUGCCCAUCUCUCCACCAGUGAAACCUAUCGUGGUUGAGCAGCCCGUCUCUCCACCCGUGAAGCCCAUCGUGGUCGAGUUUCCCAUCUCUCCACCAGUGAAGCCCAUCGUGGUUGAGCCACCGAUCUCUCCUCCAUUGAAGCCAAUCUUGGUUGAGGAGCCCAUCUCUCGACCAGUGAAGCCCAUCGUGGUGGAGCUGUCCAACUCUCCACCAGUGAAACCCUUCGUGGUUGAGCUGCCCAUUUAUCCACCAGUGAAGCCCAUCAUGGUUGAGCUGCCCAUCUCUCCACCAGUGAAACCCAUCAUGGUUGAGCCGCCUACCUCUCCACCAGUGAAGCCUGUCGUGGUUGAACGGCCCUUCUCUCCACCAGUGGAGCCCAUCAUGGUUGAGCUGCCCAUCUCUCCACCAGUGAAGCCUGUUGUGGUUGAGCUGCCCAUCUCUCCACCAGUGAAGCCUGUUGUGGUUGAGUCGCCGAUCCCUCCACCACUGAAGCCCGUUGUGGUUGAGCUGCCCAUUUCUCCACCAGUGAAGCCCAUUGUGGUUGAGCUGCCCAUCUCUCCACCAGUGAAACCUAUCAUGGUUGAGCAGCCCGUCUCUCCACCCGUGAAGCCCAUCGUGGUCGAGCUUCCCAUCUCUCCACCAGUGAAGCCCAUCGUUGUUGAGCCAACGAUCUCUCCUCUAGUGAAGCCAAUCUUGGUUGAGGAGCCCAUCUCUCGACCAGUGAAGCCCAUCGUGGUGGAGCUGUCCAACUCUCCAGCAGUGAAACCCUUCGUGGUUGAGCUGCCCAUUUAUCCACCAUUGAAGCCCAUCAUGGUUGAGCUGCCCAUCUCUCCACCAGUGAAACCCAUCAUGGUUGAGCCGCCUACCUCUCCACCAGUGAAGCCUGUCGUGGUUGAACGGCCCUUCUCUCCACCAGUGGAGCCCAUCAUGGUUGAGCUGCCCAUCUCUCCACCAGUGAAACCCAUCAUGUUUGAGCUGCCGAUCGCUCCAGUGGAAGCUGAGUCUCUUCAGAGAUUUGAGCCACUGAAGGCUCUGACACAGCGUCAUAAAAAAAGAAAGAAAGACAUGGAAACUUCAGUUCCACAGGCAAGAACUACUCUUCCUCCUCCCUCCCUAUCGGAUUAUUCCCCACCACCUACAACUCAGAGAUGUCAAAGGGCCCAGGAUUUCUUCCCUCCACCUCCAGUGGAUUCCAUCGUGGUUGAGGAGCCCCUCUCUCGACCAGUGAAGCCCAUUGUGGUUGAGCUGCCCAUCUCUCCACCACCUAAUCCCAUUGUGGUUGAACGGCCCAUCUCUCCACCAGUGAAGCCCAUCGUGGUCGACCAUCCCAUCUCCCCACUAGUGAAGCCCAUAAUGGUUGAGCUGCCAAUCUCUCCACCAGUGAAGCUCACAGUGGUUGAGCUGCCCAUCUCUCCACCAGUGAAGCCUGUUGUGGUUGAGCUGCCCAUCUCUCCACCAGUGAAGCACGUCAUGUUUGAGCUGCCGAUCGCUCCAGUGGAAGCUGAGUCGCUUCAGAGAUUUAAGCCAAUGAAGGGUCUGACACAGCGAUAUAAAAAAAGAAAGACAGACAUGGAAACUUCAGUUCCACAGGCCAGAACUACUCUUCCUCCUCCCUCCCUAUCGGAUUAUUUCACUCCACCUACAACUCAGAGAUGUCAAAGGGCCCAGGAUUUCUUCCCUCCACCUCCAGUGGAGUCCAUCGUGGUUGAGGAGCCCAUCUCUCGACCAGUGAAGCCAAUCGUGGUGGAGCUGCCCAUCUCUCCACCAGUGGAGCCCAUUGUGGUUGAGCUGCCCAUCUCCCCACCAGUGAAGCCCAUUGUGUUUGAGCUGCCCAUCUCCCCACCACCUAAUCCCAUUGUGAUUGAACGGCCCAUCUCUCCACCAGUGGAGCCCAUUGUGGUUGAGCUGCCCAUCUCUCCACCAGUGAAACCCAUCAUGGUUGAGCUGCCCAUCUCUCCACCAGUGGAGCCCAUCGUGAUGGAGCUGCCCAAAUCUACACCAGUGAAACCCAUCAAGGUUGAUCAGCCCAUCUCUCCACCAGUGAAACCCAUCAUGGUUGAGCUGCCCUUCUCUCCACCAGUGAAACCCAUCAUGGUUGAGCUGCCCAUCUCUCCACCAGUGAAACCCAUCAUGGUUGAGCUGCCCUUCUCUCCACCAGUGAAACCCAUCAUGGUUGAGCUGCCCAUCUCUCCACCAGUGAAACCCAUCAUGGUUGAGCUGCCCUUCUCUUCACCAGUGAAGCCCAUCGUGGUUGAGCUGCCUAUCUCUCCACCAGUGGAGCCCAUCGCUGUUGAGCUGCCCAUCUCUCCACCAGUGAAGCCUGUUGUGGUUGAGCUGCCCAUCUCUCCACCAGUGAAGCCUGUUGUGGUUGUGCUGCCCAUCUCUCCACCAGUGAAACCCAUCAUGGUUGAGCUGCCCAUUUCUCCACCAGUGAAGCACGUCAUGUUUGAAUUGUCGAUUGCUCCAGUGGAAACUGAGUCGCUUCAGAGUUUUGAGGGUCUGACACAGCGACAUAAAAAAAUAAAGAAAGACGUGGAAACUUCAGUUCCACAGACCAGAACUAUUCUUCCUCCUCCCUCCCUAUCGGAUUAUUUCGCUCCACCUACAACUCAGAGAUGUCAAAGGCCCCAGGAUUUCUUCCCUCCACCUCCAGUGGAGCCCAUCGUGGUUGAGGAGCCCAUCUCUCGACCAGUGAAGCCAAUCGUGGUGGAGCUGCCCAUCUCUCCACCAGUGAAACCCAUCAUGGUUGAGCUGCCCUUCUCUCCACCAGUGAAGCCCAUCGUGGUUGAGCUGCCUAUCUCUCCACCAGUGGAGCCCAUCGCUGUUGAGCUGCCCAUCUCUCCACCAGUGAAGCCUGUUGUGGUUGAGCUGCCCAUCUCUCCACCAGUGAAACCCGUCAUGGUUGAGCUGCCCAUCUCUCCACCAGUGAAGCACGUCAUGUUUGAAUUGUCGAUUGCUCCAGUGGAAACUGAGUCGCUUCAGAGUUUUGAGCCAAUGAAGGGUCUGACACAGCGAUAUAAAAAAAGAAAGACAGACAUGGAAACUUCAGUUCCACAGGCAAGAACUACUCUUCCUCCUCCCUCCCUAUUGGAUUAUUUCGCUCCACCUACAACUCAGAGAUGUCAAAGGGCCCAGGAUUUCUUCCCUCCACCUCCAGUGGAGUCCAUCGUGGUUGAGGAGCCCAUCUCUCGACCAGUGAAGCCAAUCGUGGUGGAGCUGCCCAUCUCUCCACCAGUGGAGCCCAUUGUGGUUGAGCUGCCCAUCUCCCCACCAGUGAAGCCCAUUGUGUUUGAGCUGCCCAUCUCCCCACCACCUAAUCCCAUUGUGAUUGAACGGCCCAUCUCUCCACCAGUGGAGCCCAUUGUGGUUGAGCUGCCCAUCUCUCCACCAGUGAAACCCAUCAUGGUUGAGCUGCCCAUCUCUCCUCCAGUGAAGCCCAUCGUGAUGGAGCUGCCCAAAUCUACACCAGUGAAACCCAUCAAGGUUGAUCAGCCCAUCUCUCCACCAGUGAAACCCAUCAUGGUUGAGCUGCCCAUUUCUCCACCAGUGAAGCACGUCAUGUUUGAAUUGUCGAUUGCUCCAGUGGAAACUGAGUCGCUUCAGAGUUUUGAGCCAAUGAAGGGUCUGACACAGCGAUAUAAAAAAAGAAAGACAGACAUGGAAACUUCAGUUCCACAGGCCAGAACUACUCUUCCUCCUCCCUCCCUAUUGGAUUAUUUCGCUCCACCUACAACUCAGAGAUGUCAAAGGGCCCAGGAUUUCUUCCCUCCACCUCCAGUGGAGUCCAUCGUGGUUGAGGAGCCCAUCUCUCGACCAGUGAAGCCAAUCGUGGUGGAGCUGCCCAUCUCUCCACCAGUGGAGCCCAUUGUGGUUGAGCUGCCCAUCUCCCCACCAGUGAAGCCCAUUGUGUUUGAGCUGCCCAUCUCCCCACCACCUAAUCCCAUUGUGAUUGAACGGCCCAUCUCUCCACCAGUGGAGCCCAUUGUGGUUGAGCUGCCCAUCUCUCCACCAGUGAAACCCAUCAUGGUUGAGCUGCCCAUCUCUCCACCAGUGGAGCCCAUCGUGAUGGAGCUGCCCAAAUCUACACCAGUGAAACCCAUCAAGGUUGAUCAGCCCAUCUCUCCACCAGUGAAACCCAUCAUGGUUGAGCUGCCCUUCUCUCCACCAGUGAAACCCAUCAUGGUUGAGCUGCCCAUCUCUCCACCAGUGAAACCCAUCAUGGUUGAGCUGCCCUUCUCUCCACCAGUGAAACCAAUCAUGGUUGAGCUGGUCAUCUCUCCACCAGUGAAACCCAUCAUGGUUGAGCUGCCCUUCUCUUCACCAGUGAAGCCCAUCGUGGUUGAGCUGCCUAUCUCUCCACCAGUGGAGCCCAUCGCUGUUGAGCUGCCCAUCUCUCCACCAGUGAAGCCUGUUGUGGUUGAGCUGCCCAUCUCUCCACCAGUGAAGCCUGUUGUGGUUGAGCUGCCCAUCUCUCCACCAGUGAAACCCAUCAUGGUUGAGCUGCCCAUUUCUCCACCAGUGAAGCACGUCAUGUUUGAAUUGUCGAUUGCUCCAGUGGAAACUGAGUCGCUUCAGAGUUUUGAGGGUCUGACACAGCGACAUAAAAAAAUAAAGAAAGACGUGGAAACUUCAGUUCCACAGACCAGAACUACUCUGCCUCCUCCCUCCCUAUUGGAUUAUUUCGCUCCACCUACAACUCAGAGAUGUCAAAGGCCCCAGGAUUUCUUCCCUCCACCUCCAGUGGAGCCCAUCGUGGUUGAGGAGCCCAUCUCUCGACCAGUGAAGCCAAUCGUGGUGGAGCUGCCCAUCUCUCCACCAGUGGAGCCCAUUGUGGUUGAGCUGCCCAUCUCCCCACCACCUAAUCCCAUUGUGAUUGAACGGCCCAUCUCUCCACCAGUGGAGCCCAUUGUGGUUGAGCUGCCCAUCUCUCCACCAGUGAAACCCAUCAUGGUUGAGCUGCCCUUCUCUCCACCAGUGAAGCCCAUCGUGGUUGAGCUGCCUAUCUCUCCACCAGUGGAGCCCAUCGCUGUUGAGCUGCCCAUCUCUCCACCAGUGAAGCCUGUUGUGGUUGAGCUGCCCAUCUCUCCACCAGUGAAACCCGUCAUGGUUGAGCUGCCCAUCUCUCCACCAGUGAAGCACGUCAUGUUUGAAUUGUCGAUUGCUCCAGUGGAAACUGAGUCGCUUCAGAGUUUUGAGGGUCUGACACAGCGACAUAAAAAAAUAAAGAAAGACGUGGAAACUUCAGUUCCACAGACCAGAACUACUCUUCCUCCUCCCUCCCUAUUGGAUUAUUUCGCUCCACUUACAACUCAGAGAUGUCAAAGGGCCCAGGAUUUCUUCCCUCCACCUCCAGUGGAGCCCAUCGUGGUAGAGGAGCCCAUCUCUCCACCAGUGAAGCCCAUUGUGGUUGAGCUGCCCAUUUCUCCACCAGUGGAGCCCAUUGUGGUUGAGCUUCCCAUCUCUCCACCAGUGAAACCCAUCAUGGUUGAGCUGCCCAUCUCUCCACCAGUGAAGCACGUCAUGUUUGAGCUGCCGAUUGCUCCAGUGGAAGCUGAGUUGCUUCAGAGAUUUGAGCCAAUGAAGGGUCUGACACAGCGACAUAAAAAAAGAAAGACAGACAUGGAAACUUCAGUUCCACAGGCCAGAACUACUCUUCCUCCUCCCUCCCUUUUGGAUUAUUUCGCUCCACCUACAACUCAGAGAUGUCAAAGGGCCCAGGAUUUCUUCCAUCGACCUCCAGUGGAGCCAUUCUUGGUUGAGGGGCCCAUCUCUCGACCAGUGAAGCUAAUCGUGGUGGAGCUGCCCAACUCUCCACAAGUGAAGCCCAAUGUGGUUGAGCUGCCCAUCUCUCCACCAGUGGAGCCCAUCGUUGUUGAACUGCCCACCUCUCCACCAUUGAAACCCGUCGUGGUUGAACGGCCCAUCUCUAAACCAGUGAAACCCAUCAUGGUUGAGCUGCCCAUCUCUCCACCAGUGAAGCCCAUCGUGAUGGAGCUGCCCAACUCUACAACAGUGAAACCCAUCAAGGUUGAUCUGCCCAUCUCUCCACCAGUGAAACCCAUCAUGGUUGAGCUGCCCAUCUCUCCACCAGUGAAACCUAUCAUGGUUGAGCUGCCCUUCUCUCCACCAGUGAAGCCCAUCGUGGUUGAGCUGCCUAUCUCUCCACCAGUGGAGCCCAUCGCUGUUGAGCUGCCUAUCUCUCCACCAGUGAAGCCUGUUGUGGUUGAGCUGCCCAUCUCUCCACCAGUGAAACCCAUCAUGGUUGAGCUGCCCAUCUCUCCACCAGUGAAGCACGUCAUGUUUGAGUUGUCGAUUGCUCCAGUGGAAACUGAGUCGCUUCAGAGUUUUGAGGGUCAGACACAGCGACAUAAAAAAAGAAAGAAAGACAUGGAAACUUCAGUUCCACAGGCCAGAACUACCCUGCCUCCUCCCUCCCUAUCGGAUUAUUUCCCUCCACCUACAACUCAGAGAUGUCAAAGGGCCCAGAAUGUCUUCCCUACACCUCCAGUGGAGCCCAUCGGGGUUGAGGAGCACAUCUCUCCACCAGUUAAUAUCAUCGUGAUGGAGCUGCCCAACUCUCCACCAGUGAAGUCCAUUGUGGUUGAGCUGCCCAUCUCUCCACCAGUGAAUCCCAUUUUUGUUGAGCUGCCCAUUUCUCCACUUGUGAAGCCCAUUGUGGUUGAGCUGCCCAACUCUCCACCAGUGAAGCCCAUUGUGGUUGAGCUGCCCAUAUCUCCACCAGUGGAGCCCAUUGUGGUUGAGCUGCCCAUCUCUCCACCUGUGAAUCCCAUUUUUGUUGAGCUGCCCAUUUCUCCACCUGUGAAGCCCAUCAUGGUUGAGCUGCCCACCUCUCCACCAGUGAAACCCGUCGUGGUUGAACGGCCCAUCUCUCCACCAGUGAAGCCUAUCUUGGUCGACCAUCCCAUCUCUCCACCAGUGAACCAACAGGAUCAACCUGGUCAAGGGGCCAACUGGGAAAUAGAGGCUGGUUCUUCUCAGAUUGUCGAUGCUCCUGUCCAUCUCCUCUUCCCUGCUUCCUCUGAUCUCCCUCAGCAGAUCCCACAGGAGCAGCCUGGAGUCCUCACAGCAUUCCCUGGUCCUCUUGCAAACAUUGGGACUCUUGAGGAGAUGAUUGAGGUUGCAUGGCAGAAGUGUCAGGAGUACCAAUCUAAGUUCUUCAUGUGGUACUUUGUUACCCUUUUGUGCACACAGAGUAGGGCACAGCCCAUCUCUCCACCAGCGAAGCCCAUCAUGGUCGAGCUUCCCAUCUCUCCACCAGCGAAGCCCAUCGUGGUUGAGUCGCCGAUCCCUCCACCACUGAAGCCCGUUGUGGUUGAGCUGCCCAUUUCUCCACCAGUGAAGCCCAUUGUGGUUGAGCUGCCCAUCUCUCCACCAGUGAAACCUAUCAUGGUUGAGCAGCCCGUCUCUCCACCCGUGAAGCCCAUCGUGGUCGAGCUUCCCAUCUCUCCACCAGUGAAGCCCAUCGUUGUUGAGCCAACGAUCUCUCCUCCAGUGAAGCCAAUCUUGGUUGAGGAGCCCAUCUCUCGACCAGUGAAGCCCAUCGUGGUGGAGCUGUCCAACUCUCCAGCAGUGAAACCCUUCGUGGUUGAGCUGCCCAUUUAUCCACCAUUGAAGCCCAUCAUGGUUGAGCUGCCCAUCUCUCCACCAGUGAAACCCAUCAUGGUUGAGCCGCCUACCUCUCCACCAGUGAAGCCUGUCGUGGUUGAACGGCCCUUCUCUCCACCAGUGGAGCCCAUCAUGGUUGAGCUGCCCAUCUCUCCACCAGUGAAGCCUGUUGUGGUUGAGCUGCCCAUCUCUCCACCAGUGAAACCCAUCAUGUUUGAGCUGCCGAUCGCUCCAGUGGAAGCUGAGUCUCUUCAGAGAUUUGAGCCACUGAAGGCUCUGACACAGCGUCAUAAAAAAAGAAAGAAAGACAUGGAAACUUCAGUUCCACAGGCCAGAACUACUCUUCCUCCUCCCUCCCUAUCGGAUUAUUCCCCACCACCUACAACUCAGAGAUGUCAAAGGGCCCAGGAUUUAUUCCCUCCACCUCCAGUGGAGUACAUCGUGGUUGAGGAGCCCAUCUCUCGACCAGUGAAGCCCAUUGUGGUUGAGCUGCCCAUCUCUCCACCACCUAAUCCCAUUGUGGUUGAACGGACCAUCUCUCCACCAGUGAAGCCCAUCGUGGUCGACCAUCCCAUAUCUCCACUAGUGAAGCCCAUAAUGGUUGAGCUGCCAAUCUCUCCACCAGUGAAGCUCACAGUGGUUGAGCUGCCCAUCUUUCCACCAGUGAAGCCUGUUGUGGUUGAGCUGCCCAUCUCUCCACCAGUGAAGCACGUCAUGUUUGAGCUGCCGAUCGCUCCAGUGGAAGCUGAGUCGCUUCAGAGAUUUAAGCCAAUGAAGGGUCUGACACAGCGACAUAAAAAAAGAAAGAAAGACAUGGAAACUUCAGUUCCACAGGCAAGAACUACUCUUCCUCCUCCCUCCCUAUUGGAUUAUUUCACUCCACCUACAACUCAGAGAUGUCAAAGGGCCCAGGAUUUCUUCCCUCCACCUCCAGUGGAGUCCAUCGUGGUUGAGGAGCCCAUCUCUCGACCAGUGAAGCCAAUCGUGGUGGAGCUGCCCAUCUCUCCACCAGUGGAGCCCAUUGUGGUUGAGCUGCCCAUCUCCCCACCACCUAAUCCCAUUGUGAUUGAACGGCCCAUCUCUCCACCAGUGGAGCCCAUUGUGGUUGAGCUGCCCAUCUCUCCACCAGUGAAGCCCAUCGUGAUGGAGCUGCCCAACUCUACACCAGUGAAACCCAUCAAGGUUGAUCUGCCCAUCUCUCCACCAGUGAAACCCAUCAUGGUUGAGCUGCCCAUCUCUCCACCAGUGAAACCCAUCAUGGUUGAGCUGCCCUUCUCUCCACCAGUGAAGCCCAUCGUGGUUGAGCUGCCUAUCUCUCCACCAGUGGAGCCCAUCGCUGUUGAGCUGCCCAUCUCUCCACCAGUGAAGCCUGUUGUGGUUGAGCUGCCCAUCUCUCCACCAGUGAAACCCAUCAUGGUUGAGCUGCCCAUCUCUCCACCAGUGAAGCACGUCAUGUUUGAAUUGUCGAUUGCUCCAGUGGAAACUGAGUCGCUUCAGAGUUUUGAGGGUCAGACACAGCGACAUAAAAAAAGAAAGAAAGACAUGGAAACUUCAGUUCCACAGGCCAGAACUACUCUUCCUCCUCCCUCCCUAUCAGAUUAUUCCCCACCACCUACAACUCAGAGAUGUCAAAGGGCCCAGAAUUUCUUCCCUCCACCUCCAGUGGAGCCCAUCGGGGUUGAGGAGCACAUCUCUCCACCAGUUAAUCUCAUCGUGAUGGAGCUGCCCAACUCUCCACCAGUGAAGUCCAUUGUGGUUGAGCUGCCCAACUCUCCACCAGUGGAGCCCAUUGUGGUUGAGCUGCCCAUCUCUCCACCAGUGAAUCCCAUUUUUGUUGAGCUGCCCAUUUCUCCACUUGUGAAGCCCAUUGUGGUUGAGCUGCCCAUCUCUCCACCAGUGGAGCCCAUUGUGGUUGAGCUGCCCAUCUCUCCACCAGUGAAUCCCAUUUUUGUUGAGCUGCCCAUUUCUCCACCAGUGAAGCCCAUUGUGGUUGAGCUGCCCAACUCUCCACCAGUGAAGCCCAUUGUGGUUGAGCUGCCCAUCUCUCCACCAGUGGAGCCCAUUGUGGUUGAGCUGCCCAUCUCUCCACCAGUGAAUCCCAUUUUUGUUGAGCUGCCCAUUUCUCCACCUGUGAAGCCCAUCAUGGUUGAGCUGCCCACCUCUCCACCAGUGAAACCCGUCGUGGUUGAACGGCCCAUCUCUCCACCAGUGAAGCCUAUCUUGGUCGACCAUCCCAUCUCUCCACCAGUGAACCAACAGGAUCAACCUGGUCAAGGGGCCAACUGGGAAAUAGAGGCUGGUUCUUCUCAGAUUGUCGAUGCUCCUGUCCAUCUCCUCUUCCCUGCUUCCUCUGAUCUCCCUCAGCAGAUCCCACAGGAGCAGCCUGGAGUCCUCACAGCAUUCCCUGGUCCUCUUGCAAACAUUGGGACUCUUGAGGAGAUGAUUGAGGUUGCAUGGCAGAAGUGUCAGGAGUACCAAUCUAAGUUCUUCAUGUGGUACUUGUUUACCCUUUUGUGCACACAGAGUAGGGCACAGCCCAUCUUUCCUCCAGUGAAACCAAUUGUGGUCGAGCGUCCCAUCUCUCCACCAGUGGAGCCCAUCGUGGUUGAACUCCCCAUCUUUCCACCAGUGAAGCAUGUUGUCGUUGAGCUGCCCAUCUCUCCACCAGUGAAACCCAUCAUGGUUGAGCUGCCCAUCUCUCCACCAGUGAAGCACGUCAUGUUUGAGCCGCCGAUCGCUCCAGUGGAAGCUGAGUCACUUCAGAGAUUUGAGUUUGCCCCACCACAGUUGAAAAAUAAGCCACGGAACGGUCUGACACAACGACAGAAAAAAAGACAGAAAGACAUGGAAACUUCAGUUCUACAGGCCAGAACUAGUCUGGCUCCUCCAUGCCUAUCAGAUUAUUUCCCUCCACCUACACCACAGAGAUGCCAAAGGGCCCAGGAUUUCUUCCCUCCACCUCCAGUGGAGUCCAUCGUGGUUGAGGAGCCCAUCUCUCCACCAGGGAAACCCAUCAUGGUUGAGCUGCCCAUCUCUCCACCAGUGAAGCACGUCAUGGUUGAGCUGCCGAUCGCUCCAGUGGAAGCUGAGUCGCUUCAGAGAUUUGAGUAUGCCCUACAACCGCGGGAAAAUAAGCCACGGAAGGGUCUGACACAGCAGCAUAAAAAAAGAAAGAAAGACAUGGAAACUUCAGUUCCACAGGCCAGAACUACCCUGCCUCCUCCCUCCCUAUUGGAUUAUUUCCCUCCACCUACAACUCAGAGAUGUCAAAGGGCCCAGAAUUUUUCCCCUCCACCCCCAGUUGGGCCCAUCUUGGUAGAGGAGCCCAUCUCUCCACCAGCAAAUCCCAUCGUGAUGGAGCUGCCCAUCUCUCCACCAGUGAAGCCCAUCGUGUUUGAUUUGCACAUCUGUUCAGUGGAAGCUGAGUCUCUUCAGAGAUUUGAGAAAAAGAAGAUGCUGAAGGGUCUGACACAGCGACAUAAAAAAAUACUAAAAAACAUGGAAAUGCCAGUUCCAAAGGGCAGAACUACUCCACCUCCUCCCUGCCUUUCGGAUUUUUUCCCUCCACCACAGGGAUGUCAAGGGGCACAGGAUUUCUUCAAUUCACCUCCACUACAGGGUUGCCAAAGGGCCCAAAAUGGAGUUAACCCAUGUUCAAUGAGAGCAGUAACAGGUGCUCCAAUGAGCAAAUAUCCAGGUUAUCCAUGUACAACUACCAAAGCUGGGCCUGGAAUAUCAGACGCUGCCCUGGCUCACAUGCUCAGACCUCUCUCACCGAUGUUGGCGCUGGAAGAUGAUGGUGGAUGGGAUUCUGCUGGGGAUCACAUGUUCACCCCUGGGACUCCCUUCUACAUGGGUUGACUCUUCCGCUGGACCUUUGAAGCCCUUUAAAGCUAUUUUGCCCGAAGAAAAGGACACAGUGGAGCAUAGCAUUUUUCUUUUAAAAAUAAACUCAAGCAUGGUCUUAAAAUACUUAUAAUAAAAUCCAAUGAGACCAAG